AUGGCUUUGACGUGGAAAUUAAAGAAAGUAACUAUCUUCACAGAUUCCGUGACAGAGUUCCACUGGGUCUCUGACGCUCUCACUGGUAAGUCAAGAUUGAAAUCAAAAGCAAUGGGCGAAAUGUUGAUUCGAAGAAGAUUAAGCGUUCUGCAACAAUGUAUUGAAGAAUAUGAUAAUAAUGUGAAUAUAAAACUUGUUCUUUCAAAAGACAACUUAGCUGACGCAUUGACUAGAGUUCGAAGUAGAUGGUUGAAUAAAUUGAUGGAGGCUAAGCAUUCAAGUAAUUUUGUUGGAGCAGUAUUUGCAGAGGCUGAAUCCAUUUCUAGCAUACACAAGAGAACUGGACACUUUGGAGUGAGUCGCACUCUAAACUUUGUUCGUAAAGUAAUUUUAACCGCUACCAAAAAUGACGUAUUAGAGAGAAACGCACUGUGGAGACAGUAUCAAGUUCAUACGGAAGUAUUGCCAUUACUCGAAUACUCUGGCGAGCGAGGAGCACCAUCUGAAAUUUUGACAGAUAAUAAAGCAACUUUUAAAACUGAGGAGUUGAGUAGUUUUCUUGAUUUUACUCAAAUACUCUGCCUUAUCUUUUGCGAGCGAGGAGCACCAUCUGAAAUUUUGACAGAUAACGAAGCAACUUUUAAAACUGAGGAGUUGAGUAGUUUUCUUGAUGGUUGGGGAGUGCGCAUUAGGUUUCGAGCUGCUUAUUAUCCUGAAGGAAAAAGAGUUGUGGAAAGAAAUCAUCGUACAAUUAAGAGAAUAGCAGAAAGGUCAAAAAUGUCAUUACUGGAGGCAGUGUAUUGGUACGAAGUCUCAGCUAACAAAAACAAUGCAAACCCGAUGGAGAAAAUAUACAGGUAUCGAAGUAAUGCGAAAGGAUUGAGAAAAGAUAAUAUUCCGAUUAAAGCUGACACAAAUGAAGUGUUUAAAAUGGGUGAAAAUGUUUGGUUGAAACCGUUAAAUGCAAAGUGCCAUACUAAGUGGCAGCCAGCAAAACUAACGGGAAAUAUUUCGAAACAAGAUGUCGAAGUUAAUGGCGUUCCACGUCACGUAAAACAUAUCCGAUAUCGAAAUAACAUUUAA